AGGGCUGAAAGUUAUAAUAAGCAAAAUAAAAAAUUUAAUGGAUAGGCUCAACAGCAGAAAAGAAAGACAGAAGGAGAAUCAGUGAAGAGGAAGAUAGAAUAACAAAAAUUACCAAAUUUGAACAGAGAUAAGUAGACUAAUUAACAAAGCUUCAGGGACUUGUGGAACUGCAACAAAAAAUCUAGUGUCGAGUAGCUGGGGCCUCCAGCGGCCGGGGAGGAAGCUGCUUGCGGGAGCCUCUGGGACGUACGGGCCGAGCCGGUCGCUGGUUGGUGCUUGGACCUCGGCCCCGGCGGCGGGUCCCUCCACGUGCUUUCGGCGGCGACAUGGAGCUGGAGGAGUUGGGGAUCCGAGAGGAAUGUGGCGUGUUCGGGUGCAUCGCCUCAGGAGAGUGGCCCACUCAGCUGGACGUGCCCCAUGUGAUCACUCUGGGACUCGUGGGGCUGCAGCACCGGGGUCAGGAGAGUGCUGGUAUCGUGACCAGUGAUGGGAAUUCAGUACCAACAUUCAAAACGCAUAAGGGAAUGGGUCUUGUAAAUCACGUUUUUACUGGAGACAAUUUGAAGAAAUUAUAUGUUUCAAAUCUUGGAAUUGGACACACGAGGUAUGCCACUACAGGAAAAUGUGAAUUAGAAAAUUGUCAGCCCUUUGUUGUUGAAACACUUCAUGGGAAAAUAGCUGUGGCACACAAUGGCGAAUUGGUAAAUGCUGCUCGAUUAAGGAAAAAGCUUCUGCGACAUGGUGUUGGUCUGUCAACAAGUUCUGAUAGUGAAAUGAUUACCCAGUUACUAGCAUAUACCCCUCCACAGGAACGAGAUGACACUCCAGACUGGGUAGCAAGGAUUAAAAACUUAAUGAAGGAAGCACCCACAGCAUACUCCCUGCUUAUAAUGCACAGAGAUGUUAUUUAUGCAGUACGAGAUCCUUAUGGAAAUCGUCCUCUAUGUAUUGGUCGUCUUAUUCCAGUAUCUGAUAUAAAUGAGAAAGAGAAAAAAAGAUUAGAAACAGAAGGAUGGGUGGUGUCUUCAGAAUCUUGUAGCUUCUUAUCCAUUGGUGCAAGAUAUUACCGUGAAGUCUUGCCUGGAGAAAUCGUGGAAAUAUCCAGACAUAAUGUGCGAACUCUUGAUAUUGUAUCAAGGUCUGAAGGAAACCCAGUGGCUUUUUGUAUAUUUGAAUAUGUUUAUUUUGCAAGACCAGAUAGUAUAUUUGAAGACCAAAUGGUUUAUACAGUAAGGUACCGCUGUGGUCAGCAGCUGGCGAUUGAAGCACCCGUGGAUGCGGAUUUGGUUAGCACUGUUCCGGAAUCUGCUACACCUGCUGCUCUUGGUUAUGCAGGAAAGUGUGGACUUCCAUAUGUGGAGGUGCUGUGUAAAAACCGAUACGUAGGAAGAACCUUCAUUCAGCCCAACAUGAGGUUAAGACAACUUGGUGUUGCAAAAAAAUUUGGAGUAUUGUCAGACAACUUUAAAGGCAAAAGAAUUGUUCUUAUAGAUGAUUCAAUUGUGAGAGGCAAUACCAUCUCACCUAUAAUAAAAUUGCUCAAAGAAUCUGGUGCAAAAGAGGUACACAUUCGAGUAGCCUCACCACCAAUUAGAUAUCCAUGCUUCAUGGGAAUAAACAUUCCCACAAAAGAAGAGCUCAUUGCCAAUAAACCAGAAUUCGAUCAUCUUGCAGAAUAUCUAGGAGCAAACAGCGUUAUAUAUCUGUCAGUAGAAGGAUUGGUUUCAUCUGUACAAGAAGGGAUAAAAUUUAAAAAGCAGAAGGUGGAAAGGCAAGAUAUUAUGAUUCAAGAAAAUGGAAAUGGUCUGGAAUGUUUUGAAAAGAAAGGUCAUUGUACAGCUUGUCUCACUGGAAAAUACCCUGUAGAAUUGGAAUGGUAGCUGUUAGGGGCAGAUGUAUCAUUUCAAGAUAUAAAGUUGGUCAAGAAGUUACAGUGGUUACACCUUAUCUGUUUACUGUUGCUCUGUUGGUACAAUAUAAAAUGCCACAUGCUUACGUUAUACCUUUACAUGUUUUAAGAUUAUUUUGAAAAGGGUACCAAAGUGCUAUAAUUGAACCUUGCUAAUUGUAUAUAAUACAACAACAUGUGGUAUUCUUUUUUUACACAAGCAUUGGCUAGUGUUUUGUACCUGAUCAGAAAAGGCAGGUGGUAAGUGACAUUUGUCACCUCCUUGCUUUAAAAGGUUUGCAAGAGGUUAGACCUAAGAUAGGAGGUGUGAUGCAAACAGGACAGGUGAGUUAAAUAUAACAUUUCCUGGGAAGUUUGAAUCCAUUAUACACUGUAGGUGUCUAGCCUUUACAGUUCUGGCUGUAGUUUUGACAUUGGCUUCACUGUCUAACCUUAAACAAAACUU